UGGGAUUGAACAGACUAGCUCAAGGGAGCUGGCACUCGGUGAGUUAUUGAGCCUCCGCUUGCAUUCUGUGGCUGGUCGCCUCACCUGCCUCGUCCCAAUACCUGUGUUAUUCCACCGACUACUUUCUAAAUGGGGGUCGGCGGUUUGUGACCGACGUGGGCCGGUGCAGAGAGGCAAGAACCGGCCGCUGUUGAGAGAGAAAGCAGCGUCGCUCCUGCAAGAUCCCAGAGAGAUGCUGCCUGACCAGCUGAGUUACUCUUUUUGUAUCUGUCUUCGGUUUAAACCAGCAUCUGCAGUUCCUUCCUACACAUAACCAUAAGAUGGCUGUGGUCAACUAUCAAAGACCUGAGGGCAUAACUUCAAGGGUCAGCUUGGAGAAGUAGCACGCCUGCUUGAGUUUCACCUGAGCUGCGGGUACUGGUCGGGGAAGGUGACCACAGCCUUGCUGGCCACUGGUAUUUCAACGUGGUCCUGGAACGUGUUGCUGUGCCUUGCUGCAGAUCAUAUAUCCACUUCAGACAGGACCAUCCUGGGGGCAGCUGCUGCCUUUGUGUAGCCACCAUGAACCUGGGCUGCCUGAGCUACCUGCUACUGACUGCUACGACUCUGUACACAGCGGCACUUCACCAGCUCACCAGCACGGAGCAGGAGCAGAUCCCGAGAAUUGUCUUCACUCACAAUGACACAAACAGAGUGGUCAAACUGUUCUACAGAGACGGGGUACACAACUACACCAAGCUGUUGUUGAGUGCUGAUGGAGGAGCCCUCUAUGUCGGGGCAAGAGAUGCCGUCUUCUCUCUGGAUGUUUUAGAUAUUGCUCCCAACAAAUUCAAGAAUGAGGUGGUUUGGGAAGCUCCAGAGCAGAAGAGGAAGGAAUGUCACUUUAAAGGGAAGAGUCUAUCGAGCGACUGCUUCAAUUACAUGAAGAUCCUGCUGCAGCUGAACCGGACUCAUGUCUAUGUUUGUGGGACGUAUGCCUUCAGCCCCACCUGUGCUUACAUUCAAAUUGCAGACUUCUCUCUUGUGAAAAGUUCCCAUGGUAAUCUUCUAACGGAGGAUGGAAAAGGCCGAUGUCCUUUUGACUCCACCUAUAAGUCAACUGCAAUUAUGGUUGAGGAGGAAUUAUAUGCAGGAACUGUCAGCAACUUUCAAGGCAAUGAACCAAUUAUUUCCAGAAGUCUGGGGAAUAAACCACCGUUAAAGACAGAGAAUUCUCUCAAUUGGCUUCAGGAUCCAUCAUUCGUGGGUUCGGAGUUUAUCCAGGAGAAUCCCGGCACAGACGAUGGGAAGAUCUAUUUCUUCUUCAGUGAGACUGGCAAAGAAUUUGAUUUUUUUGAGAAUACGAUUGUUUCACGGAUAGCCCGAAUUUGUGACGGAGACAUUGGAGGGGAGCGAGUUCUUCAGAAAAGGUGGACAACGUUCCUGAAAGCCCAGCUCUCCUGCUCUCUCCCAGAUGACGGCUUCCCAUUUAAUGUCAUUCAGGAUAUGUUUGUUCUGUCUCCGGGAAAAGAAUAUUGGAAAAACAUAACCUUUUAUGGAGUCUUUAGUUCCCAGUGGUAUAAAGGUGGAGCAGCAUCGUCCGCAGUUUGUGCUUUCUCCAUGGCUGAUGUUGUGAGAGCCUUCUCCGGGAGGUACAUGGAGGUGAACAGAGAAACACAACAGUGGUAUCCUUACAACCAGAACCCCCCAGAGCCAAGACCUGGCGCAUGUAUCACGGACAGGGCGAGAGCCAUGAACAUAACCUCUUCGUUCCAAAUGCCAGACAAAGUAUUGAAUUUUGCCAAGGACCAUUUUCUGAUGGAAGAGAGUAUCAAGAGUCAUCCCUUGCUGAUGAAGAAGCAUGUUAAAUACACAGAGUUGGCUGUGGACAGGGUCCAGACUAUCCGGGGCCAGUAUGACGUUCUGUUUGUGGGCACAGAUACUGGGAUAUUGCACAAAGCUAUAAACGUGAAUGAUAAGGUGCACAUUAUAGAGGAGAUUACUUUGUUUGCCGAACCACAGCCAGUGCAGAACCUGAUUCUGGAUUCAAAACAGGGCAUGUUAUAUGCGAGUUCGUACUCUGGAGUGGUGCAGCUGUCUGUCUCCAAUUGCAGCGUCUACCACAGCUGUGGGGAGUGUAUUCUGGCCCGGGACCCUCACUGUGCCUGGGACAGGAACAAAUGCAGAGACAUACGGGGACUGCCCAUAGACCCGCUUUGGAAACAGGACAUUGAGAACGGGAGGCCAGGCCAACACUGCCGACAGCUGUCUGAUUCACUGGGCCCCAGGACCAGACGGCCACACCGACCCAUUGCCUGUGUGAUGGUCACCGUGCCAGCCAACAAGUUUAAGGUGUUGCCGUGCAGUGUGCAGUCGAACUUUGCCGUGAGGAGUUGGGUCCACAACGGAGUAGCGGCCGACACGGCCUCGCUGGUGCUGCCGGACGGCGGGAUUAUCGCCACUGCGGAGCCACUGGGAGUAUUCGAGUGCUGGGCCACCGAACAAGACUUCAGGCUGCUGGUCGCCAACUACUGCGUGAGCUGGGAUCUCUCGGCCGAAACCACCACCUUGCGCACGUCGAGGAAGUCCAUUGCGGUUUUGGGCCGAGGCUCCGGGCUGCAGGACAACGGGAUCGUGAUCAACCCACUCAGCAGCGAGAGCCGCUUUUCCCAACACACCAACGGCAAGAGCUACUGGACGGAGUUUGUGACCGUGAGCGUGGUCUUUGCGCUGACCGUCGCCAUCGCCUCUCUGGUCUUCUUGUACCGUAACAAGGACAGGAUGAAGUCGCUGAUCAAGGAUGGCGAGUGUUCCAACGUGCCGCAGAAGAAGCCCAGGAUGAUCGAGACCCAACACGAAAGCCUCCCGUUAAACGGAAACCCGGUGCAGGUGGCGGCCUCUGACCACCACAAAGGUUAUCAGAGCCUGAAUGACAAACACAUCUGCAGCACACCAGUGCUGGUAAACACAGUUGGUGCCAAGGACCCUGGCUACACCCAGACCCCAAACAACCAAACCAACCAAAAAAACCUGUACGUGGAGAUAUCGACACACUGCCUGCAGCCGCGAGUGAGAAUCGGGCCUGAGAUCAAAGACUCGGUGGUGUGAGGUAUCACAGACCAGGCUGAGGUAACACACAUGCCAACGUAGCCUUGGGAAAAGGGACCAACCGCAGAGAAUUGGAAAGCACAAGGCUCGGCAGCUUGAACGACAGAAACAUUUGUACUGUGCCAUUUAGUCUACCCCUUCAGUAUGCUAACCACAAGCAUGGAUGGUUACUAAUGUCAAGGUCAUGCUUCAGUGAACGUGUGUGUCUGUUGUCACUGGCCAAACUGCAUGGAGCAGCACAAGAGUCACAACCUUCCCCAACGGGCUCAAGGGCCACCAUCACUUUGGCUUUUCUUUGUGUAUUUUUUGGUGGGGUGGAGAGUAAUUGCAAGACUCGUGAAAGUGGACAUUAAGCAAUGCCCUGUGCCAAAUGAACUGGAGCAGGUAUUCAGAGGUCACACCAGGAGUUGGUGGAAGUGGCUAGACUACCUGUAUUGAUUGUACGAGACAUAACCAAACAUCGCUUGUAGCAUUAAGUCAUUUCACUGCAGUUAUUGGGGACUGUAUGGACUGUCUCAACCAGUAUCCUCUGACAAUAUUGCCAAAUGUAGGAAAUCUACGCAAAAUCCACUUUUAUGUGACGUGGACAGACUGAUGACUCGCUGCCAAUGAGCUCCUUCAUCAUGUAGCGGACAGAACCACAGUACAUUUCUCGUGUUCAAGUAACAAUUGUAACAUAUCUUUGCAGGCGGGGGAGAAAUUUGUCAAAAAGAUAAGGCUGCGAUUUCAAGAGAAAGGUCACUCGAAAAUUGUAUGGGUGAUUUAUUUCUAGUUUGACAGGACUUUUUGUAUGUAUGUGGUUGAGAAAGAAACAAAGUUAGAAGGACUAGUUAUUAUGUGGUAUGUUCUUGCAUUUGUCGACAAUGACAACAGCAGGCUGGGUGCUCGUGUACUUGGCUAAAUACGCUCCAGUAUUUGGACAGAUUGUCCAUGGGUCAAGCGAUGUGUAGUGUCCAUAUACCGGAUAGAAUGGUCACAUGGUUGAUAAUUGACAAACAUGCAUGAGAACAAGUUGGCGUCUUAGUUAGGUCAGUAAAAUUAUAAUGGGUCACGGUUAUGAAAUAAUUACAAUGGAUCACAAAACCGAAGAAUUUCAAUCUGCAGCCGUAGAAAGACAAAUGUGACGAUGUGUCCUUGGACGGAGGAUACAUUGGGAAGUUCCGUGGCUUCAUUGGGAAGCGAGCGGCAGUCUGCAUCUUUAUAGGGCCUUGAAUGUACUGAUGUGUCCUUAAACAUUUCAUAAAUGGUGAAGCCGGGCAGCGGAGAGCGAAGUGACGAUCGCAGACUUGGUUAACGAGGCACCCGAGCCAAUGUGAACUGUCAACAUGACACUACUCCCCGAGAAGGGGUGGAACGGCGGUGCAACAGUAGAGUUGUGUAGGAAGGAAUUGCAGAUGCUGGUUUACACCGAAGAUAGACUCAAAGUGCUGGAGUAACUCAGGGGGACAGGCA